UGAACAACUGUUUAUACAAAUUUCUCAUACUUCAGGCCCCGUUCUGACGAUGUAUCGAAAAGGAAGUGGAGUGAAGAAGAAAAAGGAUUCCUCCGACAGCAGUGGAACAAAAUCCGUUUCCUUUCUUCAACGUAGCCUUUCAGGAUGGGUCGUGUCAUUCGCGCCCAGCGUAAGGGUGCUGGGUCGGUCUUCACCGCCCACACCAAGCACCGCAAAGGAGCACCCAAAUUACGCUCUCUGGACUACGCAGAGCGACAUGGUUACAUUAAGGGAGUUGUAAAGGAAAUCAUCCACGACCCAGGUAGGGGUGCUCCCCUUGCUGUUGUCCACUUCAGGGAUGCCUACAGAUUCAAGACCAGGAAAGAGCUGUUCAUUGCCCCUGAAGGCAUGUACACUGGCCAGUUCCUGUACUGCGGCAAAAAAUCCAACCUCCAGAUCGGUAAUGUUAUGCCUGUCGGUGGUAUGCCUGAAGGUACAAUUGUGUGCAAUUUGGAGGAGAAGACUGGUGACAGGGGUCGGCUGGCCCGUGCCUCCGGCAACUACGCCACUGUUGUAGCUCACAACCCUGACACCAAGCGCACCCGUGUAAAGUUGCCAUCUGGUGCUAAGAAAGUCAUCCCCUCGGCCAACAGAGCCAUGGUUGGUAUUGUUGCCGGUGGUGGACGUAUUGACAAGCCUGUCCUGAAGGCUGGUCGUGCGUACUUCAAGUACAAGGCCAAGCGUAACUGCUGGCCUAAGGUCCGUGGUGUGGCUAUGAACCCUGUUGAACAUCCCCACGGUGGUGGUAACCAUCAACACAUUGGUAAAGCUUCCACAGUCAAGCGAGGAACUAGUGCUGGUCGCAAGGUUGGUCUCAUCGCUGCCAGGAGAACUGGUCGUAUUCGUGGUGGCAAGACAGACACCAAGAAGGGCGACGAUUAGAUGCAACGUCCUUAUAUUAUGUAAUAAAUACCAAAAAAACCAA